GUUCUUGUGCUGUCGCCAUGGUAACCGUAAACCACCGUAAAGAGCGCAUAGGGGUUUGACUAAGUAUCUUUCCAGCUUUCACCGCUUCGUUUUAAACUAUAACAUUAAUUUGUUCGGACUCAGUUUUGACACAGAACAAUGUCGGAUGUCGGAUCUGAAGAGUUUGAGGACGAACGCAGUAAACUCGGGGAAUAUGAAGGGGACAGAAAUGAAGCGGGAGAGAGGCAUGGAGUCGGUAAAGCCGUUCUGCCCAAUGGAGACACUUAUGAGGGACAGUAUGAGAACAGCAAGAGACACGGACAGGGGACAUAUCGCUUCAAGAAUGGGGCAAGAUAUGUGGGAGACUAUUACCAGAACAUGAAACAUGGACAAGGCACCUUCUACUAUCCAGAUGGCUCCAAAUAUGAAGGGUUGUGGGUCGAGGACCUAAGACACGGUCACGGUGUCUACACUUACCCCAAUGGAGACACGUAUGAUGGAGAGUGGCUGCAUCACAUGAGACACGGUCAGGGCAUCUACCACUACCAUGACACUGGCUCAAAGUACAAGGGCUCGUGGGUGAAUGGCAACAUGGAGUCAGCCGGAGAGUACAUCCACUCCAACCACAGAUACCAGGGUAACUUUGCCAACAAUAAUCCCUACGGCCCGGGGAAGUAUGUGUUUGACAUCGGGUGUGAGCAACAUGGUGAAUACCAGCAAAAUGAGCAGGACCAAGCUGAUGGUGAAUGGGGGGCGUUGGCCUCCACCACAGUCCUCAAGUGGAUUCCCAAGUGCAUCACUGGCCUGACGCCGUGGACUCCAGCCAAAGAGGCUUCAGCUGGUGAAAAGGAAACAGCUUCAGCAGAAGAGGGUGGACAAAAGUGACCUGUGAGAUCAAUCCACCCCCCUGCAUGUUUCAGCCUUUGUUUGAAAAUGAAAAUAACAUACAUAAGUAAAUAUGUAAUACAAACCUGUGUCAAAUUGUAACCAAUGGAAACUGUUCAUUCCCUGUUGAAAUUAUCCUGGAUUUAAACACUGCUUUUCAUAGAGUGCAGCGUAAAGCAGACGCUGCCCCCCUGUGGCUCUGUGUAGAAUAACAUAAUUGUUCUUCAGUGACAUUUAACUAGUGUUAGAGUGAGUGAUUGUAAUCCAAUACAUUUGAGUCAGAUUCAGUAAAUAUCUCCUCAUGGUCCGCUCACUAUUCGUUCUGUUUCCUGGAACAAAUUGUGGUUAAAAAUUCUUCUUAUUUACUUGUAAUAUCUGUUGUUGUUGUAAAGCACAUUAUAACUUUGUUUUUGAAAGGUGCUAUAUAAAUAAAGUUAUUACUAUUAUUA